UGCAAGGGUUUGUGGGGGAUGUCCCCUCGCUCUGGGCGCAGGCCGUGCCCAUUUCCUCUCUGCUCCCUCCUCUCCACGUCUCUUGCUCUGACCUGGAGCACUCAGGCCUGUGAGGCAGGAGGGCCAGCUGCAGGAGGCCAGGCCUCUCGGGUGCAGGGGUAGCGGGGCACAGGACCACCUUGGGCAUCGGCCUUCUGCAGGCAGGGGCCAUGGGCAACGUGGUGGAGGGUAAGUCUGUGGAGGAGCUGAGCAGCACCGAGUGCCACCAGUGGUAUAAGAAGUUCAUGACCGAGUGUCCCUCUGGCCAGCUCACCCUCUACGAGUUCCGCCAGUUCUUCGGCCUCAAGAACCUGAGCCCCUGGGCCAGCAAGUACGUGGAGCAGAUGUUCGAGACCUUUGACUUCAACAAGGACGGAUACAUUGACUUCAUGGAGUACGUGGCGGCGCUCAGCCUGGUCCUCAAGGGGAAGGUGGAGCAGAAGUUGCGCUGGUACUUCAAGCUCUACGACGUCGACGGCAAUGGCUGCAUCGACAGGGAGGAGCUGCUCACCAUCAUCCAGGCCAUUCGAACUAUUAACCCCUGGAGCGACACGACCAUGACUGCAGAGGAGUUCACAGACACCGUGUUCACCAAGAUUGACGUCAAUGGGGAUGGGGAACUCUCCCUGGAGGAGUUCAUGGAGGGCGUCCAGAAGGACCAGGAGCUCCUGGACACGCUGACACGAAGCCUGGACCUCACCGGCAUCGUGCGCAGGCUCCAGUCCGGCGAGCCGGAUGACGAUGUCCCUGGCAAGGACGCCACUGAGGCCUCCGGCUGAGCCGCGCCCAGCUGCUGCUGUCUGGGGGCCGGGGCUACACGGUGGUGCCUGGCGUCGCUAUUGUGCUUGUCUUAAUAUUAUAUAGGGUCUCCCGAAUCCAAAGGCUCGGCUCACCUCUUUGGGGUCCAGGGUGGCAGCAGGAGGGGAGGAGGGGCAGAAGUGGGACUCCAGAGUGAAAAUGGUUCCUGCCCCCCCCACCCCCAGACUCAGCUGUCGGUGAUGCUCCUUGGUGUCCUGGGGUUCCUCCCUCGCUCCUUUGGGGCUCCUCACCCAGCUUUUCCCAGUGUCCCCACUGCAUUUCUCCGGUCCACAGUGGAAGCUCUGAGCCAGAGCAGAGGUUUCCUGGGUCUCUGAUGGAAUUCUACAGAUCUAUCUGAGUGCGGAGAUGGCGUCCUGCCCCAGACCCAGGAACCUACUUGUGUGGUUUGUGUUAAUUCUUUCCUCCCUUCGACAAGCCUUUAUUGAGCACCUACUGUGUAUUGACACUAAAUAUUAGAUGAACAAAGAAGUCAGUUCUCAUCCUCAAGGAACUCAUAAGCUCGUGGGAGACACAUAGACCAGCAUCAUUGUAAUAAAAUUGGCAAAGAAAAGUUAUAAAGUAA